AUGAAACUGAGUUCAUCCGUGUUUGCUUUAUUCUGUCUGAUCAUUGAGUUACUGGGCAUUGCUCUCUUCCUAAGAGGAUUUUUUCCUGUUUCUAUCAAAUCCUCCUUAUCAUCAAUGAACAAACUCUCUGACCUGCCGGCAGAGCCACUAGUAGGAAAUGGAUUGAACUCAUCCAAAGUACCUCCUCCCAAAUUCAGGAAAGUGGUCAUUAUGUUGAUAGAUGCUUUAAGAGAAGACUUCGUGUUUGGGCCCAAUGGGAAGAGAUUCAUGCCGUACACCAGCCAGGUACUGAACAGAGGAGCAUCCUACAGCUUUAUUGCUAAGGCCAGACCUCCUACUGUCACUAUGCCUAGAAUCAAGGCUCUGACCACAGGCAGCAUUCCCGGCUUCAUUGAUGUUGUGAUGAACCUGAACUCGCCGGCUCUUUUGGAGGACAACCUUAUCUGGCAGGCCAAGAAUGCUGGCAAAAGGAUUAUCUUCUACGGGGAUGAUACAUGGGUGCGACUGUUUCCCAAGCAGUUCAUGGAGUACGACGGCACCACUUCUUUCUUUGUCUCCGACUACACAGAGGUGGAUAAUAAUGUGACGCGUCAUCUGGACAGCACCCUAAAAAGAGACGACUGGGACGUGUUGAUCCUGCAUUAUCUGGGACUGGAUCACAUCGGACACAUCAGCGGCCCUCACAGCUCUCUCGUCGGGCCCAAACUCUUUGAAAUGGAUAACGUCGUCAAGAAGAUACACACCUCCCUCGUCACACCGAAGUCUGAGAGCACGCUGCCUAAUUUGCUGGUGCUUUGCGGUGAUCACGGCAUGAGUGAGAUGGGCAGUCACGGAGGAUCAUCAGAGCCGGAAAUCAGCACACCUCUUGUUCUCAUCAGCCCUGCCUUCCCGAAAAAAGGGUCUGGCAACAUGGAAUUGCAAGGCAUAGUAGAGCAGGUGGAUCUGGCCCCCACUUUAGCACUGGCCCUGGCACUGCCCAUCUCACAGAACAGCGUUGGCCGACUGAUUCCAGCUGUGUUCGAGAACGCGUCUCUUAGAGAACAGUUACGGUACCUUCAAAUCAACGGGCAUCAGCUUAGCAACCUCCUCCGGGACAGCAACCCCAGCUUUCAUAAGGUGGAGGGUUAUGAGCAGUUUCGGGUGGCAGUGAAGGCCCAUGGGAACUGGAUGAAGCUGUACCUGGAACGGAACACAUCAGAGGUUCUGGAGAACAUGGGACGGAAGGUGUUGAAGCAGUACCUGGAAGCCCUGAGAUCCAUGAGUGCGGCGCUGAGCAAACAGCUGGGCAAAUACGACAUGUACUCCAUGCUGGUGGGCAUGAGCCUCAUAGUGCAGGUUCUAGCGCUGCUGCUGCUGGCCAUGCCAGAGGCUCUGAGUGGAGCAGCGUUUGUGGACGUUCCCCUGUUGUCCACCUUCCUCUCUCUGCCCUUCUACCUACUCAUCCUGUUGGGUUUGUCCAUUCAUGUGCUGGUGUGCACCUCAUCUGAGGCCUCCUGCUACUUCUGCUCACUCCCUUUGGUUCUGGUCUUCACCGUCAUCAUCUUCACUUCAGCUUUGUUUUGUUCCAUGGUGACCAUGGCGGCCAGACGUCUGUCCAUAUCCGACAACUCACAGUCUAAGCUGGAUAGGUCGCCAGUCCAUCCUUCCUCAGACUGGACCCUGUCUGAACUGGACAUCUUGCUUCUGGUCGGCACUUUAGGUCACACACUCAGCUUGGCCUCCAGCAGUUUUGUAGAGGAGGAGCACCAGACCUGGUACUUCCUGCUCAACACACUUUGCCUCGCAGUCUUCCAGGAUGUCUGCAGGAAGUACUUUAGAGAAAAGAGAAGCCCAACUGAGGAGGGAGAUGAAAGUCCUCUUCUGCCUUCCACUGUAGAUGAAAAAGACUCAUCCCGAAAACCUGUGAAGGGUGAGCUUGGGAUUAGUGUGGACUCAGAGAAGUGGUUUGCGCUGGUCACCCCCCUCCUUACUUUGGCAUGCUGUCGAAUGCUAAGGUCUCUUAACCAGACCGGAGUGCAGUGGGCACACCUACCUGACCUGAGCCACUGGCUAAACAGUGGAGAUCAUAAGGUGUUCCUGUCUUUGCUGGCUGCUCUCUCCCUGCUGUUAAUCUUCAUUCUGGUCCAGCGCCAUUGUUCAACAGUGUCCAAAAUUGCCCUGGCACUCGGCUUGCUGGGUGUUUACAGUUACCGUGCUGCCGUCGGCAAUGUCCUCUUCCCAUGGCAGCACUCCGGACAAGCCGUCUCCAAGGGAACAGGUGGGGCACGCUUCGUGUACGUCUUUGUCCUCGGGAUCCUUUUUACUGGCGUCAAGGACCUACUGCACUCCCAGUUGAUGUCGUCCGUGGUAGACAGUGGUCGUUUGAAAAGCAGGGGAUUGUGGGAGAUCUACAGUGGUCUGGUGCUGUUAGUGGCCCUGCUGUUCCGUGCUCAUAACCUGCCCACGCUGGCAUGCUGCCUGCUCAUUCAAACCCUCAUGGCUGAGUUUAUCUGGAAGAGGCUGCACUACGAUGCCGCCCAGACCACUAUCAUGCACUACUGGUUCGGACAGGCCUUCUUCUAUUUCCAGGGGAACUCUAAUAACAUAGCGACUGUGGAUAUCUCAGUGGGCUUUGUGGGGCUGGAGAGCUACGUGGAGGCUCCGGCUAUCUUUCUCACUGCGUGCAGCACGUACGCUGGUCCUCUGCUCUGGGCCUGUCACCUGGUGUGUUACCUAAACUCUGAGAGGGACAGAACAGCGUUGUCUCUCGGCCACAGCAGCUACUGUUUUGCCCUGCUGCGUUCCAUCCCGGCUGUGUUCUACGUGGUGCUGGUGACGGCACUCCGCUACCAUCUUUUCAUCUGGAGCGUCUUUUCUCCUAAGCUACUCUACGAAGCCAUGCACACUUUGGUCACCACGGCCGCCUGUCUCUUUUUUACCUUUAUGGAUCAGGAUCGUACACGUAAACCAUAAAAUGCUAUCCCUCCUUACGCUGAACCCUCAGAUCACACCCAAAACCCAAAGAAAGAGAUCAGAUAGAGGCAUGCAUGACUUGGUAACAGAGUUAUUUUUUACAUAAUAAUGAAACAGAUGAUGAGGGAUGAAUGAGAGGAUUUUGCUGGUAUGAAAAUGAAGACAGUGAUGAAUGAGAGUGGGGUAAAAUAAUUGAAGCAGGCUCUGUGCUGUAAAUUAAAAGCAUUAUGCACUAUGAGUUCUGAUCCUACACUAUG